AUCCUAUUGGCUUUGAGGAGGCACGGAGCCAGUCCCUGGGCGAGGCCUGCAGGGAGCAGGCGAUCUCCGGGGGAAGCAGGGGGCAGGACCAAGGCUGGAGCCGGUGCCCGUUUGGCCGCCGCCCACAGCCGCAGGGACCCCUCACUGCGCCUCAGCCAGGUGUACCCUCCUCGGCCCGCGGACCCCACGCUGCACUUCUCGCUGACAUGUGCGCCUCUCGGAUGCCGCCCCUGGCGCACAUCUUCCGAGGGACGUUCGUCCACUCCACCUGGACCUGUCCCAUGGAGGUGCUGCGAGAUCACCUCCUUGGCGUGAGCGACAACGGCAAAAUAGUGUUUUUAGAAGAAGCAUCGCAACAAGAAAAAUUGGCCAAAGAAUGGUGCUUCAAGCCGUGUGAAGUAAGAGAACUGAGUCACCAUGAGUUCUUCAUGCCUGGGCUGGUUGAUACGCACAUUCAUGCUCCUCAAUACUCGUUUGCUGGAAGUAAUGUAGACCUGCCGCUUUUGGAGUGGCUAACUAACUACACAUUUCCUACAGAACACAAAUUCCAGAACAUCGACUUCGCUGAAGAAGUAUACACCAGAGUUGUCAGGCGAACACUGAAGAAUGGAACAACUACCGCUUGCUACUUUGGAACAAUUCACACUGACUCAUCCCUGCUCCUUGCGGAAAUUACAGAUAAAUUUGGGCAGCGAGCAUUUGUGGGAAAGGUGUGCAUGGAUAUGAACAACACUGUUCCAGAAUACAAGGAAACUACUGAUGAAUCAGUCAAAGAAACUGAGAGAUUUAUAUCAGAAAUGCUUCAAAAGAAGUAUUUGAGAGUGAAGCCCAUUGUGACGCCACGUUUUACCCUUUCCUGCUCUGAGGCUUUGAUGGGUGAACUUGGCAACAUCGCCAAGACACGUGAUUUGCAUAUUCAGAGCCACAUAAGCGAAAAUCGUGAUGAAGUUGAAGCUGUGAAAAACUUAUAUCCCAGUUAUAAAAACUACACAGAUGUGUAUGAUAAGAAUAAUCUUCUGACAAAUAAGACAGUGAUGGCGCAUGGCUGCUACCUCUCUGCGGAAGAACUUAAGAUAUUCAAUGAACGAGGAGCCUCAAUCUCACAUUGUCCCAAUUCUAAUUUAUCGCUAAGCAGUGGAUUUCUAAAUGUGCUAGAAGUUCUGAAACAUGAAGUGAAGAUAGGACUGGGUACAGAUGUUGCUGGUGGUUAUUCAUCUUCCAUGCUUGAUGCAAUCAGAAGAGCAGUAAUGGUUUCCAAUAUCCUUUUAAUUAAUAAGGUAAAUGAGAAAAGCCUCACCCUCAAAGAAGUCUUCAGACUAGCCACUCUUGGAGGAAGCCAAGCCCUGGGACUGGAUAGUGAGAUUGGAAACUUUGAAGUGGGCAAGGAAUUUGAUGCACUGCUGAUCAACCCCAAAGCAUCAGACUCUCCCAUUGACCUGUUUUAUGGUGAUUUUGCUGGUGAUAUUUCAGAGGCUGUUAUCCAGAAGUUCCUCUAUUUAGGAGAUGAUCGAAAUAUUGAGGAGGUUUAUGUCGGUGGAAAGCAAGUGGUCCCAUUCUCAAGUUCUGUGUAAGACCCUCAGACUUCUGCAAAUGUUCUCCUGGGAAAAAGUGAUUUUGCGCCUCCCUUCUGCCCAGGCGGAGUUAGAAAGUCAAAAAAUCAUACCUUGUUCUUGGGAUGACUAUCUCUUUCUGUAUCUUGGUAUGUGCUUGGCAAAUCCUCUGAAGGAAGCUGGACUAAUCCUUAAUUCUCUGAUUGGGAGAGUUCAUAAUUUCAUGAAAAUUUCUUCAUUCUGAGCAGUUCAGAUUUACUUUAAGGUCAAAUAUAAGGGAAUGUUUUUGCUGGUGGUGUCCUUAUGCGAUUUAAGUAACAUUGAUUGUAUAUUUUGAAAUGUGGAGCUAAAAGUAAUUCCUAUACGGUUAAAUAUUUUGAAGUAAUGUGAAAAUCAGAAAUCUGAAAGGACCAGAGAGAUUAUUUUUUGUGAGAGAGUAAAAGACUAUGAACAAAUUUUGCAAAAACUCUUAAGAGUUGUGUUUGAACAAUACAUUCUGAGCAUACCAAUUUAAAACGAGCACUUUUUGAAUUUAAACUGUGCUUCUAGACCGACCUUGUGUUUUGGAAGUUUGCACUUAAAGGAAUUUGCAUAUCAGAGA